AGGUGGUGGCUGCAGGUUUGCUGCUCACAGCUGAGCAUUGCACACACAGUGCUGGCAGCAGGUUUGUUGCUGGCCCUUUUCUGUGUCGGUAGCAGCUCCCUGUCUGUCUGUCUGGCAGAGAUUCAGUCAGGCAAGGCUAGGGGGUGCCUUGCUGCAGCAGCUUACAUCCUCAAUGUCUCCCCUGCGAAGCUGCUUCUCCUCCCCGGUCCAGCUGCGUCCACCUCUGAUCCCCAGGCCAUCCUUGCUUGGCCUCCUACUGCUUGAACUCCUUGUCCUGCUGCUGGAGGAGGAGGAGCAGCAGCUGGCUGGGAGCCCCCGGACUCACACCUCGACCUCCUCCUCCAGCACCCUCCAGGCUGAGGGGCAAGUAAGGCAAGAAAAUGAAGUCACAGGGGGGAGACCACUCCAUGAUCAACCUGUCUGUACAGCAAGUACUGAGCCUGUGGGCACACGGGACAGUGCUGAGGAGCCUGACCGAGAUGUGGUACUGGGUGUUCCUGUGGGCUCUGUUCUCUUCUCUGUUUGUUCACGGAGCAGCGGCAGUUCUGAUGUUUGUAAUGCUACAGAGACACAAACAGGGGAGACUGAUAUCUGUGGUGUUGGUCAGCAUUGGCUUCCUGGCUUCUGUCACUGGAGCAAUGAUAACUAGUGCAGCUGUUGCGGGAAUUUACCAAGUGGCCGGAAAAAACAUGGCCCCUCUUGAAGCAUUGGUGUUUGGAGUCGGACAGACAGUGCUGACAGUGAUUAUAUCCUUUUCACGAGUCCUUGCUACUCUGUAAAACUCAAUCACGAGAGUCCGAACAUCCGACAAGAAAGCUUUCCAGUUGGAGAUUAAGUCUUCUGAAGGCAGAUAAUUGAUGAUUAGGCUGGGAUUCUUGAAGAAAUCAAGGAGAACUGUACACCAGGUCAUUUCUCUGGUGAUGUAGUAUGGCGUGCUGAAGAUCACAAAAUAACAGUGUAUUUAAUGCACUGAACAGUUUUAGAAGGAGAUUCAUCUAUUGUAAGUGGAGUAGCUUUUGAUUGGCAAGCUGUUGCACUAAUAAACUGCACAGCACCUUACGUGCCUCAGUUAAGAGCAAGGUGCAAUCAAUUUUCUAUAAUGCUGCAGGAAUAAGCACCUUGCAGAAGUGUCAAUGUGGCCCUCUAGUGGCAUAAGUAUGGCUGUACGGCAGUGAUGUUCCAUACUGUGCUAUGGGGAGCUGACAUGUAACACUAAUUAGGUUUAACAAAUUAAUAGAGAAGUGUGAAAAAGGUAUGUAGCUUGUGAAUGUGAUGAUGGUUUGAUUUUUUUUAGAGACACAGAUGGAAGACCACUGCCUUGUAACUUAGAACAGACAACAGGGAUAUAAUAUUUGUGCCAAAUGAUUCUCUUCCUUUGUUUUUAUAUAUUUGUAAUGUGUUUGGUUCUGAAAUGUUGACUGUACAGACUACAUUGGUGCAAAGGACAUGUUCUUUUUUGGAAUUAUCAAUAUUUUACAAUAUGAAAGCACAACGGUUGUUGUUUUACAUAUGUGGCGGGAUUAGGCAAUCUGCAGCCUUCUUAAUGCUGUUGGACUACAACAACCAUUCGCUGAAGCUGGAGAACCCUAAUUUGAUCAAUCAGGCUGGUAUCAAUGUUAUACAUACUGACAGCAAUUUAAUUUUUAGAUUUGACACAUGCAGAAGCAAUCUUAUAACGUGUAUGUUGCUUAGGUAAGUGAUUUGCUAUAUUAUGAAUUUAUAUAGUGUGUAUAAUAUUCUGACUCACCAUGAGUGUUGAUCACCAUCUGAUUGUCUAGUUUAACUACUAAACUGUAAACUUUGAUUACCUAAUAACCAGCUUAACAAACCCAGGAUACCAAAUCCAAGCUGAGGAAAUAGAGGGCUUUAUUCACUAAACAAUUAAUGGUGAAUUGUUUACCAGACGGCAAAGUUUACGCCAAAGUAGCUAAUUUGGAAAAAAUACUCCUACUUUACUGUAAUCACAGCUUGGCUAUUUUAGCAACCAUUUUGUUAUUUGUUUUUUCAUUCACUCCAAUUCUAUAUUUGAGUAAUCUUCAUUG